AUGCUUGGGACUGUUUUGAAACAUGGAGUCGAUGUACAGGUUGGUCCUCACGGGCAACGGGUUUUCUUUGGCAAAACUGUCGAUCUUAUUGCCAAGGCUGCAGAAAUGCGGCGUCAGGAAGUUGUCAAGAGACGGGGACCACCGAAUGUAAUGGAGAGAAAAUUACAGCGUAUCAGUGUCAAUGCUCAGGAAAAUGGAGUGGCAAAAAGAAACCGCGAUGUAUCCCAUUUGGAUUGGGUAAAUAAACAACUAUAUAAGAGACAUUUAGAAGUGUAG